AUGACUACAGCUGAUGAAUAUAAAGCAGAAGGUAACAAAUACUUUGCUGCCAAAGAAUUUGAAAAAGCAAUUGACUCAUUCACCAAAGCUAUUGAAGUUUCUCCAGAACCAAAUCACGUUCUUUAUUCUAACCGUUCUGGUUCUUAUGCUUCAUUGAAAAACUUCACCAAGGCUUUAGAUGACGCUCAAGAAUGUAUUAAAAUUAAUCCAUCUUGGCCAAAAGGAUAUACUAGAUUAGCUACUGCCGAGUUUGGAUUAGGCAACUUGGAAGCCGCUAAAGAAUCUUAUAAUAAAUGUUUAAGUUUGGAUCCAAACAAUAACAUGGCUAAAGAAGGUCUUAAAUCUGUUGAACAAGCUGAAUUUAAUAGAAACAAUAAACCAGAUUUGGGAUUAACUACUAUGUUUAAUGAUCCAGAAUUAUACACUAAAUUGAGAAAUAAUCCAAAAACUAGUGAAUUUAUGAAUGAUCCUCAAUUUGUUGCAAAAAUUGAAAAAAUCAGAAGUAAUCCAAAUAGUGGUGAUCCAAAAGAAUUAUUGGGUGAUCCAAGAAUUUUAACUGUCUUUGCCACUUUGAUGGGUCUUGAUAUUGAUAUGACUGCCAAACCAGAACCAAAGGAAGAACCAAAAGAACAACCAAAGGAAGAAUCCAAACCAGAACCUAAAGAACAACCAAAGGAGCAACCAAAAGAAGAAGUCAAAUCAGAACCAAAGCAAGACGAAGAUGUUGAAAUGACUGAUGCUUCUGAUGAUAACAAGACUGAAGCUGAUAAAGCUAAAGCUGAAGGUAACACCUUGUACAAGCAACGUAAGUUUGAUGAAGCUAUUGCUCAAUAUGAAAAAGCUUGGGAUUUGCAUAAAGACAUCACUUAUUUGAACAACCGUGCUGCUGCUGAAUAUGAAAAGGGUGAUUACCAAGCUGCCAUUGCCACUUGUGAAAAGGCAGUCGAUGAAGGUAGAGAUAUGCGUGCUGAUUAUAAAUUGAUUGCUAAAUCAUUUGCCAGAUUGGGUAAUACAUAUUUGAAAAUGGAUGAUUUACCACAAGCUGUUAAGUAUUUUGAUAAAUCUUUAACUGAACACCGUACUCCUGAUGUUUUAAACAAAUUGAGAGCUACACAACGUGAAAUCAAAACUAGAGAAGCAAAUGCUUAUGUUGAUCCAGAAAAGGCCGAAGAAGCCAGAUUAGAAGGUAAGGAAUAUUUCACCAAAGGUGACUGGCCAAAUGCUGUUAAAUCCUAUACUGAAAUGAUCAAGAGAGCACCUGAAGAUGCUAGAGGUUAUUCUAAUCGUGCUGCUGCAUUGGCCAAAUUAUUAUCAUUCCCAGAUGCCAUUCAAGAUUGUAACUUGGCUAUUGAAAAAGAUCCUAAAUUUGUCAGAGCUUAUAUUAGAAAAGCUAAUUGUCAAUUAAUGAUGAAGGAAUAUUCAAAAGCUAUGGAAACUUUAACCGAAGCUAGAAAAGUUGAUUUAGAAAUUGGUGGUAAAUCAAUUCAUGAAAUUGAUGAAAUGUUGAAUAAAAUCACCUUCCAAAGAUUUAGAGCCAUUGAAGGUGAAACUCCAGAACAAACCAUGGAAAGAGUUUCCAAAGAUCCAGAAAUUGUUUCUAUUUUACAAGAUCCAGUCAUGAAUGGUAUUUUGGCCCAAGCAAGAGAUAAUCCAGCUGCCUUACAAGAUCAUAUGAAAAACCCAGAUGUUGCAAAGAAAAUCAACAUGUUGAUUGCUGCAGGUGUUAUUCGUACUAGAUAG